AUGAUCAAAUUACAUGGUUAUAUAUCUACCAAAGAGGAAGCUGUUCUAGUGUUUGAAGCAGUCAAAUUGGGCUAUUUAACACCAGUGACCAAUAGAUUUACGCCGAAAGAAAAAGAUUCUAUCACCCAUGGUGACAUCUUAUGUUUUGUAGAAUCUCCGAAGGGAAUGAAGCGAUGGACUGAUGGAAAAAGCUGGUCUCCGUCUAAAAUUUCCGGUGAGUUUCUUUUAUACACAGAGGUACCUAGGUUUUUCUCUAAGAGUGCUAUUCAGAAAAGAAAAAGAUUGUUGGGUUAUAGUUGUAGAGAAGGUGAAAAGGAAAUAUCUGCUGAUCCCUGUGUUCUCAAUAAAAAAUGCAUUAAUUUUAUAAUAGAUGGAUGUACAUACCAUCUUAUCAACUAUUAUAGACCUGUUUUAUCUAAUAAUUCAUUACUUUCAAGUCCUUUCUUUAGGUCUUUAUAUAAAGCCCUUCAAAGAUAUAAAAAAGUCUUUAAUAAAGAAUUCGUAUUAAAUUUACCUACUGAUUCUAAUGAGAGAGAAGAAUUUUUACUAAAAAACUAUCAGAUACUUAGACCUGAAAAUAAUAUGUUUACUCAGUUACACAAUAUAAAAGAGAGUGAAGACAUUGCUAUUGAAGGAUUAAUUAAGCUAUUCAAUCAUAAAAACUAA